AUGGCAGUUACCAAGCAGGAGACACUUGAAGGAGGCGAAAGGGCAUCUGGAGUCCGGACCGAACCUGAAGGAGGCUGGGGUUGGAUGAUUGUCGCUGGUUGUUUUCUCGCUACCAUCUGCACCCGAGCAGUAACCAGAUGUGUCUCCAUGUUCUUUGUUGAGUUCCAAAUGCACUUUGAGAAGGAUUACUCCAACACUGCCUGGAUCCACAGCCUGAUAGACUCCACCACUAUGCUUUGUGCUCCUCUGGGCAGUUUUCUUGGGAACCGUCUGUCCUGCAGAGCUACAGUGAUUCUCGGAGGCAUGCUGUCGUCUGCUGGUCUGAUUAUCAGCUCCUUUGCUAACAGCCUGGAGUAUCUUUAUUUGUCUCUGGGUGUCCUCACAGGUCUUGGCUUUGCUCUCAGCUACACACCAGCCAUAGCGAUGGUUGGAAAGUACUUCAAUGAGAGGAAAGCUCUGGCCUAUGGCAUCGCUCUGUCUGGCAGUGGCAUUGGGACGUUCCUCCUGGCUCCUGCAGUUCAGCUCCUUAUAGAGUAUUAUUCCUGGAGAGGAGCGCUGCUCAUUCUUGGAGCAUUUGUGUCCAACUUGUGUGUCUGUGGUGCCCUGAUGAGGCCGAUGGAACCAAGAGGAAGUCAAAGGACAUGGGAGAGCAAGCUGACAAAAUUUGGGAAAAACUGCAUGAAAACAGUGCUGGAUUUUAAAGUCCCUGAACAAAUGUCUGCUGAUUGUAUCCAAGUGGACCACAAGCAGCUGGAUGUAAAGAACUUAAAGGGUCCUCAGGGGCUCCUCAUACCGAACGGAACAUUGAAAAACUUUGGACUUGAAAAGGGCAAACUAGGUAACAUAGCAUUUCUUCCAACCCUGGAGCCAUCUGAUCGGAAGUUAAUAGAUCUGAAGAUAGGGAAAUGCUUUUUAUUUAGCAACUCACUAACAGACACAAUGCUAGGCAACAUUGAAUUCUCAGAUCUUAAGCUACCCAACACGACCGAGGACUUGAAAUUGGUGGAAAGCAUUAGCUUGAGCAAAAACUUGUCAGACAUGGAUGGAAAGAUAGAAGACUCAAAAUUUAAUGAAGCCAGACAAAGUGACAAUAAUCCUUUAGUAAACCCUUCAUCCAGAGGUCAGUGCUUUUGUUUCGAGUCCAGGGAGGAGUUUGGCUUCCUUUUGAUACCCAGCUUCCUGAUUUUGUCCAUGUCAUUCCUGUUUAUGGCGUAUGGUUGCAGCCCUCCAAUAGUUUACCUGGUUCCUUAUGCCCUCAGUUUGGGGGUGCAGCCUCAGCAUGCUGCUUUACUCAUGUCUGUAUUUGGAGUCUGUGGAAUUGUUGGCAAUAUCACCUUUGGAUGGAUCACAGAUAGGGGGUGUGUUAGGAGGUUUCGCAUGCUGAGCUACACGGUGGCGAUGGCCAUGGAAGGCCUCUGCUGUAUGUUCAUGCCUUUCCUUAGCUCCUUCUCCCUUCUCGUGCCUUUUUCCAUACUCUAUGGGUACUUUGAUGGUGCAUAUGUAGCACUAAUACCAGUGGUGACAUCUGACACUGUGGGCUCCACCUAUCUCACCUCAGCUUUGGGUGUGGUUUACUUCCUUCAUGCCAUCCCCUACCUGCUCAGCCCUCCUAUUGGAGGUUGGUUAGUUGAUCGGACGGGAAACUAUGCAGCAACUUUCUUCCUCAGUGGGGCUUCCUUUAUCUUCAGCUCUGCAGUCCUAGCAGCUGCCAUGUUAGUCAGACACUGCCAGAGGUCCAAGUUGAACUCAGCUGCACAUUUAAACCCCAGUCACACGGCCGCUGCAGCUCUGCAGAGCGUCCUAUGACAUGUCAACCUUGAUUCUUAUUCACUGUCUGCACAGAUGAUGGUGCUGCUGGUCUGUGGGUGUACUAAGAUUAUAAUGAUGUGUG